AUGUCACUGCUCACUGCAGAUGAUUUAUUUCAACGAUUAGAUAGUCAUUUAUCCAAUGGAAGAAGAUUCAAAUCGACCACCAAACUCGCUAUUCAUCACAAAGGAGAGUCAGGAAAUCCAUUUGCUAUGGGUGUCAGAAAAUCGUUAAAUGCCAAUUCCAACAAUAACACGGAUUUGGCACCACUCAAAGUCUUAUCAGGAGGGAGUACGUUAAUGGCCCUCUCGAAAGAAACAAAAUCAUCCAAUACAACAACAACAACAACAGACGACGUUAAAUCUCCUGUUGGGACAUCAGUUCCUUUCAAGAGAGGAAUAAGUUCUCGUCUCAUGUCCUCCAUGACGAGUCGUUCAAAAUUAAAUGUAGUCGAUCUCAUGUCUGACACCAUGUCAGAAGCAUCUUCAGUGUUUAGUUCUUCAUCGGAUCGAUUAAGUAUGAUGAGUGAAUUUGGUAAAUCCAUGUUCAAGAAAUUGAAAAAACAAGCUCAAAAAGAAGUGAAUGAAAGUGAAUUCCUUCAACUCAAUGAUGUUGUGGAUCAAAUGAUGACGUGUGGAUUUCCAGUGAUUAUCUUUGAUCGGAAUUGUACCAUUGAAUACUUGAAUCCUGAGGCAGAGAAUGAAUUUGGAAUGCGAACCUUUGCAGUGUUGGGUGAACAUGUGAGUCAAUUAUUUGUCGAAGAAACUGUCAUUCAAAUUCAAGACGCAGUAUUACAAUUUUUAGGAUCUGAAGAAUUAACAGAAGCUAGUUUGAUGAUGAAUCAACAAGAGGAAGAACUUCUCAUUACGCCUUAUUCAGAAUUGAGUCGAACUGAAAAAUUAACACGAAAACAAGAUCUCUCCAUUGAACGAAUGUUUCGUGCCAAAUCUACACUCACGAAAAAGGUCUUCAAUUGCCGAACGAAAAUCAUUACUGUGAAAAAGUAUGGUGAAAUACAUUUCUGUGCGUACAUGCAGAAAAUUAAAUUAUCUCAGGAUGAAGAGAAGGAAAUGGCCAAUUUAGCUCUCAGUGAAACAAUUACGGAAAAUUCAAUCAUGCCCAUAGUUUCAAGUAAUGAAAAGGGAAUUAUACAAAUAUUCAAUGCAGCUGCUUCCACAGUUUUUGGUUAUUCCAAGCAGGAAGUGUUGGGAAAGAAUGUAAAAAUGUUGUGUAAUCCCAAACAUCGAAAAAAACAUGAUUACUUCAUGGAGAGGUAUCUAAAAACUAAGGAAAAGAGAAUGGUUGAUAAUGUGAGGUUUGUUAAGGGAGAAUCAAAAUCAGGAGAGUCUCUGAAAUUGGAGAUUAAGCUUUCUGAAAUUUUCACAUCAGGUUCGACACAGCCUCAAUUUGUUGCCUUUUUCAGAGAUGCAAAAACCAUGAUCACAAAGGAAGAGCAUUUGGCCAAUAUUGCUGAUAAAAUCUAUCCAAAGAAUAUUGCACAACGAUUGAGUAUGGGCCAGAAAGUGAUCGAUUCUCUUGAUAUAUGUACUCUAUUGUUUGCUGACAUUGUUGGUUUCACAGAAAUGGCCAGAGGUAAAAAACCAGAUGAAGUCGUGAAAAUUCUGCAUGAAAUGUUUGGAUACUUUGACGACAUUUGCUAUACCAACAAGACCGAGAAAAUCAAAACUAUUGGUGAUGCCUACUUUUUAGCGAGUGGAAUUCCUCAAGCAGAUCGAUAUCAUGCAGAAAAUUGUGUGAAAUGUGGUCUUCAAAUGAUCCAUAGUGUUCAGGAAUUUGUUCAAAAACACGACUUUAACCUCAAGGUCAGAAUUGGUAUUCACACAAGUAAUGACAUCAUUGCAGCAGUGGUGGGAAAGGUCAAACGAACGUAUGAUCUCUUUGGAACUGGAGUGGCCGUCACUCAACUCAUCGAAGCCACAGGAAAAGUGAAUCAAGUUCACAUUUCCAAUGAUUGCUAUGUUAAUCUAGUGUCUCCAGAAUUGAAAGACAAAUUCUACCCAUGCUUUGAAAGCUGUGAAACUCUGCAGCAUGACAAACUAGGAGAAGUGGUCAUACCUCAGUCCACAUACAUUACAAAAUUGUGA